AUGGGGAGCCCUGGGGGCCCAGGCUAGGCAUCAAAAACUCUGCAGAGCCAGCAGGCCACAGCCGCAGCCAGCCUCUGUGCCCAGCAGCCACCACACAGCCCUCGCCUGCUCCCUCUGCUUGCCCCCCGUGGCAAGUCUGCAGCGCUCAGCUCAGAGGCCUGGCUCUCCAGAAUUGCGCCCACACUGCUCUGCGGCUUGCUCUACUUGGCGUGGGUCACUGCUGAAGUUCCUGAGGAGAGCAGAGGGAUGGCCGGGAGCGGAGCCAGGAGCCAGGCAGGCCGCCGGGAGCACGCCUUCGUCCCGGAGCCUUUCGAUGGAGCCAAUGUAGCCCCAAGUCUCUGGGUGCACCGCUUUGAGGUCAUCGAUGACCUCAACCACUGGGACCAGGUCACCAAACUGAGGUUCCUGAAAGAGUCCCUCCGGGGAGAUGCCUUGGAGGUCUACCGGGCACUCAGUGCUGAGGACCAGGGAGACUAUGGGGCGGUGAAGGAGGCCCUCCUGAAGGCUUUUGGGUGCACUGGGGCCGCCCACAGCCACCUGCCUAAAGAGAUCGUCUUUGCCAACAGCAUGGGUAAGGGCUACUACCUCAAGGGGAAGAUUGGCAAGGUCCCCGUGAGGUUCCUGGUGGACUCGGGGGCCCAGGUCUCCGUGGUGCACCCCAGCUUGUGGGAGGAGGUCACCGAUGGCGACUUGGACACCCUGCGGCCCUUUGAGAAUGUGGUAAAAGUGGCCAACGGAGCUGAGAUGAAGAUCCUGGGCGUCUGGAACACAGUGGUGUCCCUGGGCAAGCUGAAGCUGAAGGCCGAGUUUCUGGUGGCCAACGCCAGUGCUGAAGAAGCCAUCAUCGGCACCGACGUGCUGCAGGACCACAACGCGGUCCUGGACUUCGAGCAUCGCACGUGCACCCUGAAAGGAAAGAAAUUCCGCCUUCUGCCCGUGGGAGGGUCCCUGGAGGAGGAGUUUGACCUGGAGCUCAUAGAGGAAGAGCCCUCCUCAGAGGAGGGGCGGCAAGAGUUUUCCUACUGAGAAGCCCCCUUUGCCAUGCCUCCCACCCCCACACUGGUGGAGAUGCUCACCAUUGGUGGCCACGUCCUCAGGGGAGUCGCUGGGCUCGGUCAGCCUUCUAAAAGCAGCGCCCGCCCUCCCUCGA